CCGGACAUCGCCGAACAUAAAUUCCAUAACGCAAUAUUUCGUACCGACAGCCGUUGGGUGUCAACAUAGCAAUUGUAAAGCCCGUUGUGAGUGGACAUCCAUCGCUGGCAUGACAUUUCGGAAAGUAAACGAGCUCCCCAGGCCUCUGCCAGAAUCAUACAUUAUAGACUUAUUCCAUCGAUAUUUCCGUGACCUUUACAUUGCUGCAGUGAACACACACAUACACACACACACACAUAAUAUAUACACACGUGAAUUGAGUGUGAGUAGUCCGAGUAUGUUUAUACAUUCCAUGACGUACUAAUGGGAUAGUGAAAAAAUUACCAGGGCUGUAACUCACAGAGAAUGCGGAAUUGGUAUGCACGAAAGCUUUCUGAUUGUAUGGGGACAAGAUUGCUGGUGGAGAGAGCGCUGUAAUUGUUCUUCUGUGAGCAUUUGCGGUAAAUAUCGAUACGGCCAGAUCUUGCAAAAUCAAUGUAGUGAAAGCAAUACCAUUCCAAAUAGCCGUAUUAGUGCUGUGUGAUGAAAAUGGUGCGCGCGGGAGGCUGUGUAGAGCUGGACUUUAGGUGCGGUGCUGUCCAAAUGCAAGGGAAUGUUAACACACCUAUGACGACAACUCGGCCAUCUCUACACCAAAAUGGCCGCCUAUCAGUAAACCGCUCGGUCUAAUUCGAAGAUAACUCGACUAAAUGUAAAGAUGGAGGUUCCCAAAGACAGAUCGGUGCGACUGAGGGUGAUGCCGGAACAGAGCAAUGACUACCGAGUGGUGGUGUUCGGGGCUGGCGGCGUCGGCAAGAGUUCGCUAGUGCUGCGCUUCGUUCGCGGCACGUUCCGCGAGAGCUACAUCCCCACGAUCGAGGACACCUACAGACAGGUGAUCAGCUGCAACAAGCAGGUGUGCACGCUGCAGAUCACCGACACCACGGGCAGCCACCAGUUCCCAGCCAUGCAGAGGCUGUCCAUAUCUAAAGGCCAUGCCUUCAUUCUCGUGUACUCAAUAACCAACCGGCAGUCUCUGGAAGAACUGAAACCAAUCUUUGACGAGAUCUUCGCGCUCAAAACGGACGUUGAGAGUAUACCAAUCAUGCUGGUAGGGAAUAAGUGCGACGAGGUGAACAGAGAGGUUUCCCAGGCUCAAGGAGCGGAGUGCGCCAAACGGUACAACUGUGCUUUCUUGGAAACGUCAGCCAAGACGAACUAUAACGUCAAAGAGCUUUUCCAGGAACUCCUUCAGCUGGAAAAGCGAAGAACGAUGAGUCUUCAGUUGGAAACAAAGAAAUCUAAGUCUCAGAAAAGGAAAGAAAAGUUAAAGGGCAAAUGUAUCUUGAUGUGAACGAACGUUUGGUCGUGAAAACUAAGACAUCAAUAAUGUAACUGUUGUAAAGGUUGGUGGGUGAGAGGGAUUGCCGAGGAUGUGGGAAUUCCAGUGGGAAUUUCGUCACGGAACGAAGAGUUUGAAUUAAUAUCGUGUUCAGAUCAAUAGCGGUAACACAAAAGUGCCACGUAUAAGAAUGUAGACGAAAACGAACAAGAUGUUUUUUUGUUUUGCAUAAUACUUGGACCAUAGAACGACUGGUAAUCUCAUAGACUUCCGCACCCAUCUUUUUACUAAUGGACUCGCCUCUUAUUUUGUCGCAAUUGUGGUAACAGGUCAGGCGGCAUAUUAAAAAAGAAAUGAAGUAUGAUGUCCUAAAAUAAAAUGCUGCACAUUUAAGCUCGAUUUAGACAGUUUGACGUAACGAGCUUGUUUACUGCGGUAAUUUGUUUGACUGUGUGGGAUUGUAUCAAUGCAACACAAUGACAAAUGAAACGUUCUGAUUUAGUGACGAGUUUUCUGUGAAUGGAGGUGUGGGGUUUUAUACCACAGUGAAUUAUGGACAGGUUUCAUGACCCCAGCCCACCCACCAAUGAUUCCUUAGGCAUGCAGUUGACGUCAAUGGUAUUUUAAUUGUGUUUGGCGGUAUGGGUUGUAUACUUCUGUGAAUGACUUGACGUACAUUAUUUCGAGUUAGAGAUAAAAAGGAAAAAUAAAUACAGUCGCUAGUUUUCCCAUACUCUGGGCAUACAGUGAGCAAUAUAAUCUUCCUCUGCCCUAUGCAUGAACAGAUAAAUUGUUUGGUAGCGGAGUUACGAAGAAUUGGUCUGGCAACCAGUGGUUGUGACACUACAAACUAUAUAUAACAUACAAACAGCAGUAUAUGUCAAGAAGGUGGGAUCUGAUCUGCCGCUCGAAGCAAACAAUUUCUAGAUGGCUAUAGGCGCGUGUAUGCUCCCAGGAAAUAUUAAAUUAAAUAUUAAAUGUGUGUGUGCAAAACAAAAAGAGAGAGACUUUCGAUUUUCACUUAUUUACUGUGUGGGACAUUUUUGUACUUGGUUAUUGCAGAAUCAUACAGGUUGUAUACCCAAGACAAUAUUUGUGUGCCUAAACAAAACCUGAAAUAUAUACAUGUAUAUAUGCAUGUCGAAUCUCAUACAGAACAUCACGACUGUUGGGUUUUAGUAAGCAAGUGUUGUCUAAACUAACAGUGGAACAUGAUAGGCUCAAUGAUUAAACAGAUAAUAAUAAUAAUAAUAAUAAUAACAAAUACAUAACUCUGCCACGGCCUAAACACCCUUCUGAUUGAAGAUGUUUUGAAUAUUACAAUGGCAGUUCCCUAUUUUAUAUUGUGUUUUUUAAUGUACACUGCCGCUGUUUCUGGAAUACCAAAUGAUUUGUUUUUCAAAAGAUAUCACUUGUAAUGUUUGGGUAUUUAGCUCAAUUUCGGCUGAGAGUUUUUCACUGCGGGUAGGAUGGGCCUUAUUUGGGCGGGGUGAUAGCUGGAUAUUUCGUUGGAAUGUAAAGAUUAAGGUUCAGGUUGAUUCCUAGAAAUACUGUUUAUAAGCUAGUUUCCUUAAGUGUUUGGUCUGCGAACCAGGGCCCAAUUUCACAAAACAUCGUAAGCCUAGUUUUGCAGGUAAACGCAAAUCCACGACUAAACCACAAUUCUUAUUACUAUUAUAAUUAAACAAAUAUAGUUAGAAGAACACA